CUGGUGAUCACUCGUGAGGUAAAUGUCUCGUGUUGUGAUUAUAUCUAUUAGUGUGUUAUUAUAUUACCCACUAACCUUAUGGUGUACGUCACUUCCUUAAAGGUGUUUACUAAGACAUACACACAUACACACUUGACAUGUCACGGAAGAUCAUCAUUUCCAGUAUAUCAGUCGCCAUCACUGUAAUAUUGGUAGUCCACUUUAUGCUGUAUGAGGACAAUAUCUUCCCGCUGGACCUGAUGCCUUGGUCACGAGAAUAUGACAUUAGCGAGGUAACAGUCAACCCCAACUAUACACACACAACAGAGCCCACGAGGACGCACCAACCAGGUAAUAUUUUGGUUCUCAGCUCAGAAGGAAGAAGUGGAUCUAGCUUUUUAGGCUCACUGGUCGCCUCACUGGGACGAAACAUGUAUUUCUUUGAGCCAAUAAGAACCCUGGAAUACGAUAUACCCUCCACUAUUACCAAAGAAAUGAUGGUGACCGAACUAAGGAGAAUUUAUCACUGUGAAAUGAGAGACAACAUGAUUGAUAGUGAUAGUUAUAAGUCAACUAUUUAUUAUCAACAUACGGUUGGGUGUGGGAGACCUUAUCGUGUAAUGAAGAGGAAGAAGGAGGAAAUUAGAAUGGCAAGACGAAUAUGUAACAGAAUGCCAGUGAAGAUUAUCAAGACCAUUAGGUGUCGUCUACAGUGGAUAUCUGAGCUACUACAAGACACCGAGUUGGAUCUGAAGGUGAUUCAUCUGGUGCGGGAUCCUCGAGGAAUUCUUCUAUCAGUGCAUAAUUCUUAUGGUGGAGAUGUCUCGACCCACGUGUGUUCUUCGUUAUUCCAGGAUCUACAACAGCAACAGUAUAUGAAGGAGAAAUUUCCCAACAGCUACUUCUUUGUUAGGUAUGAAGACCUGUGUCAGGAUCCUUACGGCAAGACCAGCGAAAUAUUCAGGUUCCUGAAGGGAGAAGGGAAUGUCUCCAGUAGCACUAACUCCUCUUCUUCAGCGUCUCCGUCACAAGAUAUCCCCAGGUGCGUCCGUGAGUUCCUUCAUACUCAUAUGGAGAAAACUGUGCACAACUCUUAUAGCACCUUCCGGAACACAGCCACAACCUGGCAGAAGUGGAGGUCGUCGAUCUCCCAGAAGUCACUGAUGACCUGGGAACGAGAAUGCUCCGACGUCCUUCACAUGAUGGGCCACAGGAUCUUUGGGAGUGUUGACAACGCCAGGAACCUUUCAUUGUCCUUGUUUGUUGGGGCGUGAGGACAACAGGAUGUGUGUAGGAGUACCAGGAUAGAAAUAUGUAAACCUGAGGUCAAAAGUUCGCUCCCUCCCAAACUGAAGCAGCUUCGACCCCAAAUGGGACAAAACAACACGCCCGCACCAGAUGACAGUCAAGGUAAGUCAGCUCGGAGACUCAUUCCCGUCACUCAGUUUCACCACAGGGAGCGAACCUUUGUCCCCAACUGUACCAUUUAAUAUCAAGUUAUCUGGUGUGGCAAUAACAGAAUGGCUCUUGAAAUAUUCGGUCCUGAAAAUUUGGUCUCGAACCUAAAUUAACCUAACCCAAUUUUCUAGGACCCAAUAUUCAGGACUCAAUUUCCCAGGCUCAAUAAUUUUCUAGGAUCAAAUCUUGUGAACCAUAUCUUGAAGUACAAUCAACCUGUAUAAUACUUAUGAUAAAGAGUUCUUAGGUCAUUGUCUGUAAUUCUGUAUAUGAGUAAAAUUUGUGUAUUUGUCAGUCACUGUCGUCUCCCGUGUUUAUAUAUUGAUCAAUGUUGUGUACUUGCUCCAAAAAUUAUCUUCACGGAGGGGGACGGAUGAAUUUCAGAAUGAACACUGUGACUCCUGUUAUCUCGGUAGGGUUGUCAAAAUGCUUCGUCCGUUGUGUUAUAUUGUCUCACACAAAAUCGUGAAGAUACUUUUUUUGGUGUGAAUGUAUCCAUACACUUUUGAGUUAGUUAACAUAAACAAUGAGAUUUUCAUCACCAGAUUAUCAAGCAUUUAAAUGAAAGAUUCUUCGGAUCAGCUGAAAAUUAGCCCCCCCCCCCCCACAUAUCACCUGAUAUUUAAGCACCCUAAUGUCACCUGGGGGAUUAGGGUACAAUAUGUCAAUUAAAAGUUAGAUUAGUUUAAAUAGGUGAGCUUUAGGGUGGUUAAUAUUAAGAUAAAACAAGCUGUGGUUAAUUUAGGCUAGGUUAAGUUAGCAUUAGCGUUAGAAUGGUUAAACUGAAGGUGAAAUAAGCUGGUGGUUAGCUCAGGUGAUCUGCUCCAUCUAUACGUAACUAUUACCCUCAGUUUAAUACCUUCUUGAAGUCCAUCCACAAGCACCAGAAAUAAUUUCACUUUUGUCUCAAUGUGAAGAAUAUUUUAAGUUAUCCAUUCAAUACACAGUUACCUGAAGGGUUAAACCAUCGUCCUCAAAGGGUUAAACCAUAAUUUACAAGGGAUUAAGACAGUUCAGUUUUAUCUAAGAAAGUUAAGUUUAAAUAAGCUCAGUUAUGUUUAGUCUUGUUCACUUACAGGUAAAUACAAAGUUUAAUUAUUGACCAUUACUAAGGUGCAAGAUUAAAUGAUUAUAAACA